GAGCAUCACUACGCCGACCACCUGCGCCCAUCCGUUACGUCCUACGCCAUGGUUUCACAAGCAUUCUCCGAUCGCGAGACCAAGAAACUUGUGCUGUUCGACGUCGACGGACCUCUGACGCCUGCGCGACAAGCAGCGUCACCAGAGACUAUCCAGAUCUUGCGCGAUCUCAGGAAGAAGGCGGCCAUUGGGUUUGUCGGAGGAUCCGACAUGGUGAAGAUCUCCGAACAGCUGUCCGUCUACGGGAACAACGCCAUCAGGGACUUCGACUUCGCCUUUGCUGAGAACGGCCUUACCGCAUACCGGCUAGGCGUGGCGCUCCCGUCGCAGUCUUUUAUCAAGUACGUCGGCGAGGAUCGGUACAAGAAGCUCGUAAACUUCAUCCUGCAUUACGUCGCGGACCUGGACAUUCCUAUCAAGCGAGGGACGUUUGUUGAAUUCCGUAACGGAAUGAUCAAUGUCAGUCCCUUGGGUCGUAAUGCAACGAUCCAGGAACGUCUCGACUUCCAAGCCUACGACAAAAUCCAUGGCAUACGCGAGGCCUUUGUCAAAGUUCUCCGAGAAAAAUUUUCCGACUACAACCUGACCUACGCUAUCGGUGGACAAAUAUCAUUUGAUGUCUACCCCGAUGGGUGGAACAAGACAUACUGCCUACAACAUGUUGAGCCUGAUGAAUUUGAAGAAAUCCAUUUCUUUGGGGACAAGACAUUCAAGGGUGGUAAUGAUUAUGAGAUUUUCACUGAUCCACGUGUGAAAGGACAUACAGUUACAUGCCCAACUGACACCAUCCGUGAAUUGAAAGAGAUGUUUGGACUGUAAGCUACGUAUUAGGUACAGUUUGAUAGGUUGGGGACUGUAGACAUUCUGACGCCUGGAUGCCAUGUCAUUGACCUGGAGAGCUGUCCACCGUAAGGGAUCCUGGAUUAUGGACUGUUGGUAUCAGAGUGAUGUUUCUAAUACAUGUGGUGUCAUCAUACAAGUAUGCCUAUCUGACUUCUUGUGC